AUGCCUUCCGCAUUGUUCAAGGCGACUACGCGUUUGCGGCAGCAGGGGCGGGAGGACGGGAGGGGCCCGAAGGAGCAGAAGGGCUUGCAGCAGCAUAAGGAGCAGAAGGAACUGCAGCAGCAGAAGCGAGAGGAAGCUUGCUACGCAGCCUUGGAGACUGAAUUGCUGCAGCUGCUUCGCCAUUCCCGCCUGCAGUUGGAGCAGCUCCAACAAGAGCAUGACGCCGAUGGUGCCUCUGCAGAGCACAGUAGCAGCAACAACAGCAACUGCGGGGAGGGAAAAAAAUUGCUGUAUAGGGAGUGUGCCAUCAAAUCAGCUGCAUCCUGGGCGAGUCUGCUGCAAAACGUGCAAACACUCUCUGUGCUGCAACAGCAGCUGCAGCGGCAGCAGAAGCGGCACCAACAACAGCAGCCCGAGGCAUCAGAGCCAGGAGCUGCUGCCGCUGCAGCAAUAACGGCGUUUGUUCAGGAAUUACAACAGCUGUGCAACAGCAAUAAUAGCUGCAGCAGCAGCAUCAGGGGAUUAUUGGUCGUGCCGCUUCCAAGAAAACGGGUGUACUGGCAGCAACAACAGCAGCAACAACAACAACAGCUGUUGCUGCAGCUAGUGGAUCAGGUGCUGGCGGAUCUUGCAGCAUGGGCGGAAGAAUUUCCAAGCGACGGCGAAGCAUCAGUAUCGCCUGUACCAGCACAAGUAGCAGCAACUGAGCAGCAACAAGGACGACGGCAGCAGGCUUUUUCCGAGGAAGGACCCCAGAAUUUGCUGCUGGAAGAUCGUAGAAACCGGGAACUGCUGCUCCAGUGCAACAGUAAUCCCAAGCAAGCAACAGCAACUGCUGAUGCUGCUCCCGUUGCAACACCAGCAGCAGCACAAGCCGCCGGCAGCCACCUAGAGGAGCACCUCCUUGACACGGCCCAUGAAAUGAAGCAAGGGGCUUUGAUGUUUAGAGAGCGAUUGCAGAAAGACAAUAUCCUGCUGCGACGAACGGCAGCAACGCAAGAAGCUCUGCAGCAUCAGCAGCAACGGGGCUUAGAUGCAGCUAAAAAGCUGCUGCGCUUCUCCUUCUUCUCGUCACUUAUGCCUUUAGUGCAGCUAGCUAUCGCUCUGGCUGUCACUCUAGCCAUGAUUUCAUUCAUCCUCGUCACUCCUGGCUAG